AUGGCUCAAGUUGGCGUAGCCUUCUCAGGCGGCGGUGUGAGGUCAGCGGCCUUCUGCUCUGGUGUCCUGCGCAGACUGCUUCAAAAAAACGCCAAUCUGGAUUACCUGAGCUGUGUGUCAGGGGGUGGUUACACAGGCUGUGCCUACAUGGACUGGAAAUUCCGUCAUGGAAAGGAGGACAACAAGGAAUGGCAUUUCAAAUUCUUUGAUCAUCUCCGCAGAAGAAGUGGAAUAUUUUGCGACUGGCAGAGGCCUUUUCAUGGUUUUCUUGACUCUGUGGUUCUGUUCUUAUUACCUCUAUUUGUUGCGCUUGUGCUGCCGUUGUUCCUGUGGGCGGCUUACGCAUGUCCAUUUGCUUACGUCAUAGAUCUGUGUGCAGGCAGCGUCCUACGCGGUGGAAUCAUCACAAAAUGUGACAACACAACCUUGAAGUUACACGAAACAAUACAAGAUUGUCAGCAUCGACGAGAGAAGAAGGCUAUUGAGAGAUUUCUUCUCUUUAGUAUUCCACUCUUUGUUGUAUUUCUCGCUCAUUUCCUUGGGUCGUUUUUCCCUAAAAUCAAAUGUGCCUUAGCUUUCAUGGCCACGUCUUGCGGAGUUAUUUUUGGCUUGUUGUUUCUUCCUUGGUUUUUUCACGAUGUGUUGGAGUUCAUUCCAACAUGGAUGAAAUUUCUAAUAGUUGUUCCCACAAUCUUGCUGUGGUUUGCUUUCCCGGUUAUGAGGACAAACGCUACCCUUGUUGUGAUUGUCUAUUUCUAUUCAUAUGUUGUCAUGUGGCGAGUUUAUAAGGACACCACCUUUCCACAUUACACCCAUACGUUGUUUACACAAUUGAUGUGGCUUUCUGGCCUCAUACUGUUUGUUUCUCCUUUGAUUGGUACCAUACAACAACGUCUUGGACACAUUUACAAUAGGUAGGUUCAGCUCUGUUCUAGUCCAUUUACUUUUCAUAUAAACGUGAAUGAAUAAAAUGUAAGGAAUCGCGCCAAUACACCUUUUCGCCACUAUUGCUGGGUGGUCAAUACAGGGGCACCCAACGACGAUUUCUUCCUAAAUACGUUCAAAACACUUUUUACGCUAUCCAGAGUAGUUUUAGAUCUCUAGAAAUACAUUCUAAGCGGCGCUAUAAAAUUGGUAUCUGUUCGGUCAUCCUAGGGAAUCUUGAGUCUUUUCGAAAUUUCGAGGGCUUCAGUUUUAUUUCCCGAAAGUUUUAGAUGCAUUUUAUCGCUUUACGAAUGUGAGAAUUCUUCUGAUUCCCAUCUCAGUCACAUUUUUGAAUCCGAAAAUUUUAGGUUCUUUUUUCUACGAAAAACAGCAUUACAUGGAGAGUGAAAUGUGAAAAAUUAAGCUUCAGAAAAUCGUAGGGAAUUUAUUAGAUAAGUUUCAAAAAUUGUACAUGAAUGGAACGGUCAUCUAGAAAUUUGUGGCCGUCCUCAAGCAAUUAUAGAAAAUUCUAGCCAAUAUUUGCUUCUCCGAACAGAUAUUUUACGGAAAACAGUCGUUGGGUGUCCCUGUCGAUAGCCUUGGAAUAGUGUUUUCUCCCUUUACUGCUGCCUUACGAUGGUGAUCAGGUGUUUUUUCAAAGCCUGUCACUAAGAAACAGCUGAAGAAAGGGCAACUAUCUACAAAUGUUUGAACUAUGAAAGUUUUCCUAAAUAUCCUAAAGACAUGCUCAGACUUUGCGUCAGUCUGUAUACUCUUCUAGAAGAACUAAUAUUUUAUCACUAUGUAAACUUGCUACUACUACUUAUGGCCACAACUCUUUUCGUUACUUUGCUUCUAAGAAAUGGAACUCCCUACCUAAUAAUCUAAGAUCUGAGCCUACUUUAUCUGGUUUUAGAAGACUCCUGAAAGCAAUCUCCUUUCAGACAUAACAAUAUAUCUAACAUUUUUCAUGUAUGUAAAUAGAUUUAUUUUAGGCAUGUAAAUAGAUUUCUUUUUUUCUCUCCAAGAUAUUAGGCUUUCAGAGUCUUUUCAGACUACUCUGAAAUUAACUUCAACUUCAACUUCCUUUCACCAGAUUAAAUAUAUUGAUUAACCUCAGGACGUGACAGACGUUUCACCAGAUUCAAAUCCUUACGAUAACCUAGCUGUUUCAUUGUGGUUAUUCAACAAAACAUUUACACGGGGAGGCUUCGCCCCGAGAUCCAACCUCUUUUUUGGGCCCUAUUAUAUACCAUCUUUGCCAGAAAAGGUAGCUCUUUCGUAUAGCUUCUAUUGACAAAGGGUACCUCUUUUAGAAACCAGUUUGGAACGCUGCACCCCUUUUAGCUGUUGCAAGUGUACCGUCUAAAGAUGAAAAAUAAAACUAAACCAGAAAGCUUUGUGGCCAUUUUCAGAGCCAAAAAAUGCGCCUGUUAGCCCUUUUAGGACCUUUCUUAGACUGCAAUGACGGACUUCCCCACCCAUUCCGAUACAAAGGUACCUCAUUGGGACGGAGCCUCUCCGUAUAGAAGAAUCCUUGCUGGCGUUAUUGUUUACAUUUUUCGUCAUUAGCAUACGACUUAACUCAUAGAAGCCGUGGUGGUUUAUACCAACUAAAUUCAAAAGUUGAAGGAGCACACUACCUUGAGCAAUUUGCGCAAUUUUCAGCUCUUUCUAAGCAAUACUGAAGGAAAUAUCAGCCAUUAAAAACUGCGAAAUUGCUGGGUGGUAAAAAAGUUAAUGAGCCAUACAUAAUUUGUUAAAUUUCGGGUUUUUAAAAGAAAAUUUCUUCGAAGCCAUUCGGUAUAUCGAGCUCAAUUUUUCAGAGAUAACUGAAAUUGCUAGGCUCUUUCAAUAUUCAGCCCGUUUGGUUUGUUAGCUUCAUAAAAUAGCGAUAAACAAAUGUUAAUAAGGCAAAAAAUGUAAAGAAAGAUUCGCCUAUAGGCAGGUAUGGGGAGCAAGCCCGCGGGGUUUAUUAUAUUUUCUUUCAAUAUUUUUUCAGAUGGAGGCUCCAGAAAGCUUUGUUUUCCCCUACAAGUGUUGGCAGGUGUGGUUGUGCUGGUAUUUCCUAUCGCGAUUGUUUUCUCACUUGUCCCACCUUUAAAGACACGGAACCUUUGAACACUGAUCCUGACAGACCUCUGACUUUAAAAGACCUUGAUAAUGUCAAACCGAUUCUUAUCAGCAACUCAGUUAUCAAUAGAUGGCGUCGCACUACCUCCCCCAGGGAACCUGACUAUGAAGUACUGUCGAUGUCACCGCAUGGAAUUGAGAGGCUGGACCGUCCAUCCGACCAGCAAGAGUUCGAAGGUAAACUGAUGCCGGAAGAUAUUUAUCUCUCUGAUGCCAUGGCAACCUCAGCUGCAGCUGUGGAUCAUCAUAUGGGUGCCCUUGAAGGAGGCGAGGAGUUAUUUAAAGACUUGAAAGUCACCUUGGGGAUAGCCAUGGGUACCUCACUUAUUGCGAAUCCAAGACAAGAACGGAAAGAAAGCAAGUUUCUUCAGGUACAUUAACGCUGAAUAUACUACUCAAUGACUAACAGGAUUUCCAAAUUCACUAAUCCUUUCACUACGAAAUGUGGCCAAAGGCAAAUUUCGACCAAAGUUCCAAAUUUCAUUUACUAAAAUUUUGAGAAACAAAUGGCAUCAUGUGAAAGUACAGGCAGAGAGCUUUCAUCUGAAUGGUCACAUCAUAGGAUUUCGUCCAUAGACUCAAGAGUUAGAGUCACCUUACAAAACCCCCUCAAACACUCUGGCAGUGAAAGGGCUAAGAAGUCGGCGGAAUUUUGAUUGUUAAGUGUAUAUUACCUGUUCAAUAACUUGGCAGUUCGGUGGACUGAUGUCAGGUUUAAGACAUUCGGCUGCGCCUCGUGUUUGUAACUUCAGGUGAUGGGACACUCCUGCUCUAGUCCAUUCAUUUUGAAUGUCAUAUUUCACUCUAAUCGAAUGCUUCUCCGAGGUAUAGAAAUAACUUUGGCUCGUACCGUGAAAUAAAUAAGUCGGAUAACUCAAGUACUUAAAUAAGCUAAGAUAUUUGAUUUUCCCGCCUUUUCUUAGCUUCCUAGGGCUUAAUAUCGAUUGGCAGUUUGUCAUAUUUUGAAUAGGAAGCUAACAACUUUAUCUUCUGUUUCUUUUUCGGUAGAUUCUUCCUUUCUUCAUAGAGAUUUCCCGAGUGUCUCCUUUUUUGUUUGGAUACAUUUCUUAUCACCUAACUGGGAAGGAAGUGUACUUCGACAUCGGCGUGCUUUCGUUCUUCUUACUUCUAGUGCUGCUUACUAUUGUAGCCCUCGUUCCCACAGGCAGUGCCAAUCCAGGCAAACUGGAGAAGAUCGCUAGGUAUAACUAUGACUACUACCCUGCUUCUGCUGUUACUGCUGACACUACACUGCCACUACCUCUACCACUACAAAUAUCACUACCGCAACCACUAUCACUACCACUACCAUUAGACCUACCAUUAUCACUACCGCUACCACUACCAGACCAAUACGACUAUUAUGAUCAAUAACAACACCACUACCUAUUUUCCGCUAUCACUACCGCUAACAACUACCAUGAUCGCAACCGCUACCUCAUCCACAGGGUCCAGAGGAGAUGUGUUUGUCGUUAGAACAUCCAAACAUCUGAAGUAUGGAUUAUUUUGAUCGCGUUACAGUUUCGUUACACAUUCUAUAUACCGCAAACCAAGAGACUGAGGGCUUGCAAGUGUUGUUUAUAUUAAUUUUUGAUUACCAAGUAUUGAUAAGAAACUUAGAGGUUUUUUGAUUAAUUUUGUUCAUAGAUACUUUGCAGUCCACGUGCCAUAUAUAAGCUUCGUUCGUAAAACAAUUGGAAUACUUAAUCACGGGCCGAAUCCACCUCCAGUUCUACGGCUCAGCGACGGCGGCCAUGUUGAAAAUCUCGGUAUCCUCCCUCUUCUGAAGCUGCGGCUGAAAAAGAUCAUAACGGUGUACGGAGGGCGAGCGUCUUCUGAACAAGCAUUCUGUGACACCCUGUUGAAGGCCCUAGAUAUGGCAAGAAAGAAGUUGAGAUGCUCGUUUACAGGUCUUGAUGGCCGUGAUAUCACUGAAGACAUUCGAAAUAAACUGGUGGAAAAAUCCCCAGGAAAUCAACCGAGAAGUUACAGGUUGGUGAACAAAAAAGAUUAUCUUUUUUCAGGAAGAUAACCCUUACCACAUCAGGAUUAGCUCUGUUGGUAGAGUGCUUGACUGCAGAGCGGGAGGUCAGUCACGGGUUCGAUUCCCGGGGCCGCAUCAACACCCGGGGUCUUAAAAUAACUAAAAAAUGAAGGUACUGCCUUUGCCUUAGCUGUAAGCCUCCACAGUGACCUUAGGGUGGCUCUGGAAUGACCGUUUUGAAUGGCAAUCCCGUCUCCAGUAGGAGACGUAGAAAAUAGUGUCUUCAAUUAGUACUUUCAUGCUACAUUAACGCUCAAAUAAAGUGCAUUUUUUUGGCCGCGUACUUAAGCGUUUGAGUGAUAUAAGUAGGAAAUCCAGAACUUCGAUAUUUGGAAUUGAACCAAAUUAUUCAUAUGGUGAUUAACUAUCUCAAGUGUAGCGCGCGUUUAUACGUUUAUACCCAUUGCAGCAAUGUCUUAAAAAAUCAGAAGUCGGAAAAAACCUGCUCUGACUCAUUUCUCUUUCAGGUUUAAAGUCCAUUACUUCGACAAAGACCCGGAUAAAGACAAAGAUCACAAAGUUGGUGAAGCGGAAGUGCUUUUCAUUGCCCCGAGACAUCCCAACAAGGGUAUCAAGAUGGAACAACCAAUGUCCUGGAAGGAUGCUCUCAGCGAUGUUGGCGAGGAUCUUGAAGCAAACAACUGGGGAUCUGGACCUGAGCUUACCGCGGAUGAAGUUGACCGACUGACAUUUUGUUGCUGUCAAUGUUGUCAUGGUAACGCUUGUCAGGGAUUUUCUGAAAGCAUUUGCGGGGCGUUUCCUCAGCAUUCCACCUGUAAUCAGUUUUACACUCCUGCAAUGUUCACUGCCUAUCACAAAGAAGGAUAUCGUGCAUGUUUGGAAGCUCAAGCUGCCGAGUUUCUGACCGAACCAACUUCACAAAAUGAGUAUAAUUCUCGCUUAGAAGAAGUUGUCAGUCAAUGA